UUUAAAGCGAAAGUGCUUUAAUAGGAAAAGUCCUCCCACUUCUUAGCCGCCCUCGGGUGCUUAACGGGGCGCUCCCCUUCCUGUUUCUCUCCACGCGGGUAGAGGAUCUCAGGCGCCAGAGUCCACGGGAGGCGGGACCCACGCGAGGCCAGGAUGUUGCGCGCCCUCGCCAGCUCUGCGCAGCCCAAGCAAGCGAUCGGUCGCCUCCUGAGGAUGAACAGCACCGGGGCCAAGGCGCGGGGGACCCUCGCCGACAAGGUGGCCUUGGUGACCGCCUCCACCGAGGGAAUUGGCUUAGCAAUUGCCCGCCGCCUGGCCCAAGAUGGCGCCCAUGUGGUUGUGAGCAGCCGUAAACAAGCCAAUGUCGACCGGGCCGUCGCUGAGUUGCAGACGGAGAACCUGAGUGUGUCGGGGUUGGUGUGCCAUGUGGGGAAAGCCGAAGACAGACAACACCUUAUCAACGCGGCCCUGGAGCGCCAUGGAGGAAUUGACAUAUUGGUCUCCAAUGCGGCAGUGAAUCCCUUUUUUGGCUCCACUCUGGACGCCACAGAAGAAGUCUGGGACAAGAUUUUCGACAUCAACGUGAAGGCCGCAGCCCUGCUGAUCAAACUGGUCGUACCUCACAUGGAGAAAAGGGGAGGCGGCUCCAUCGUUAUCGUCUCCUCCAUCGCGGCUUAUUCCCCGUUUCCGGAUGGGAGAGCCGACGGACUGCUCUGGCAUAGUCUCCUUCCUCUGUUCCUCGGACGCCGACUACAUCACAGGGGAGACCGUGGUGGUGGCUGGGGGGGCCCCAUCCCGUCUCUAAUGGGAUGGGGGGGUCCGGCCUGCCUUCCUACUCAGCCAUGUGAACGACCAGAUGGAUGGUUUCGCAUUGCCCACUAUGCACCCCAGGAAUAAAGAUGUGGGGGUGUUGACUGAGGGGGGAGGGGUGCUGGGUUCCGGGAAGUGGGGGGCACAGUUGCUCCCCCAGAGGGGAGGUGACAGGGUGAGACACAGACGUCCCUCCCAGUAAAUGGGAAGAUGGCAAGGGGGAAAUUGAUCUCUGGGUCUCAUUUGAGAUUGUGUUUUUUAAAAAUACCAUAUUUUUUGCUCUAUAAGACUCACUUUUACCCUCCUAAAAAGUAAGGGGAAAUAUGUGUGCGUCUUAUGGAACGAAUGCAGGCUGCACAGCUAUCCCAGAAGCCAGAACAGCAAGAGGGAUUGCUGCUUUCACUGCACAGUGAUCCCUCUUGUUGUUCUGGCUUCUGAGAUUCAGAAUAUUUUUUUUCUUGUUUUCCUCCUCCAAAAACAAGGUGCGUCUUGUGGUCUGGUGCGUCUUAUAGGGCGAAAAAUACGGUAUGAUGGUGGUAAUUAUGAUUGGUUUAUUACCCACCCUUCACCCUGAGGUCCCAGGGUGGGUCACAAUGAUUUAAAUGAAUUAAAACAAAUUAAAGGGAGUUAUAGGGACACAGUCCAUCCCUGGUCCAGGUUUGUUGGAAGAAGUUUUGGUAUCAUCUAGAUCAGUGUUUCUCAAACUUGGGUCUCCGGGUGUUUUGGGGCUACAAUUCCCACCAUCCCUGACCACUGUUCCUGCUAACUAGGGAUGAUGGGAGUUGUAGUCCAAAAACAGCUGGAGACCCAAGUUUGGGAAACACUGAUCCCUAUGAAGUUCAUCAGGUAGCACAGCUCCCAUUGGGACGGGGAAUGACCCAAAGCAGUCUUUGCCAACCUGGGCUCUCCAGAUGUUUUUGGACUACAACUCCCAUCAGCCUCUGCUGGCUGGGGCUGAUGGGAGUUGUAGUCCGAAAGCAUCUGGAGGGGCCCAGGUUGGCACAACCAGGCCUUACAGUCUACAAAUGCUUCCCUGUGUUCUUCCUUCUGGAAGAACAAAAAUCUCGAGAACUGGGAGAGGUGUCUGUGUGUGUGUAUUAUGGAUUUUAGGCGUCACUUUUGCAGAAAAGUAUCGGGGUGCAGGAAGUCUUUUGCCAGGGAAGGGUCAGUCAGGUCUGUGGCGAUUUCCCGCCUGUUCGCUUCCCAGUGUGCCUUAUUUUUAUGUCGACUUUCACAAUAAAGGUGUGUCUCUGACUGA